AACAUCGUAUCGCCAUCUCUCCCCAUGACAUUUGCUUACCUUCUCUCCCUCCUCCCACGAUGACCGUCGAGGACAUCGACGAGACGAGGCCGUUGCUCUCUAACAUCAAAUACGAUGUGGAAGAUAAAUCUGCUAGGGCGUUAGCUGCUGUGGUUAUUCCUAUGUCAGUCGGAGUAUUUCUCGCAGCCAUGGACGGGACAAUCGUCGUUUCUUCAUAUGCGGCCAUCGGGAGCGAGCUGGAACAGCUUCAAAAGACGAGUUGGAUCGCCACCGGAUACAUGCUCACUCUCACUAGCUUCCAACCGCUAUAUGGCAAGCUCAGCGACAUAUUCGGGCGCAAAACCUGUCUACUGAGCGCGUAUUGCAUCUUCGCUCUCGGCAGUCUUUUGUGUGGAAUCUCGCAGAGCAUGAACGCACUAAUCGCGUCACGUGCUCUGGCAGGUGUCGGUGGUGGAGGAAUGUCCACGGUUGUGAGCAUUAUCAUGUCGGAUAUCGUGCCGCUACGCAAUCGGGGGACUUGGCAGGGGCUUAUCAAUAUCGUCUUUGCGACAGGGAGCGCAAUCGGCGCACCUCUUGGAGGGAUACUGGCUGAUUCGAUUGGUUGGCGCUGGGCAUUCCUUUUACAAGUCCCUAUCGCGCUCAUUGCUAUCAUUUCUGUCUCCCUGGCUUUAAGAAUACCUUUACCUUCCGAUGAUUCGAGCUUGAAAAGCAAGAUUCGUCGUGUUGAUUUCCUUGGAUCGUUCACUCUCAUCCUGACGGUGUUCCUCCUCCUCCUUGGUCUCGAUAACGGAGGAAACGUCUCCUGGUCGGCACCGCUCACCAUCAGCACCCUUGCCGGCUCUGCAUUGUUCUCUAUUCUGUUCGCCAUCACAGAGCACACUGCACGCGAGCCCCUUGCACCAGCACGAAUCAUCCUCUCCCGUGCGCUCACCCCAUCGUACCUCGUUAACUUCUUCGGAGUGGCAGCGAGUAUGUGUAUGUUAUUCCACCUCUCGUUGUACUUGCAGGCUGUGUGCGGGUUCUCGGCGAGCCGGGUAGGGGCAUGGUUCAUCCCGAGCGUCAUAGGUGGUGUAGCAGGGAGUCUGAUUGGUGGCCUGAUUAUGCAGGCGACGGGGAAGUUUUAUUGGGUUACGGUGGCAGGAUACCUUUUACUCCUUGCUGGGGCCGUGCUCGUCGUGCUCAUGAGCGGGGUGGUGGUGAGCUCUUUAGCGGGCUUGGUGGUGGGUCUAGUGAUAGCAAGCAUAGGCAACGGGGGUGGUAUAACAACUUCGCUCAUCUCUCUCAUUGCAAAUGCGGGACAUGCAGAUCAGGCAGUCGCUACAGCAGUAUCCUAUCUAUUCCGUUCCCUCGGUUCUGUUGUAGGUCUCUCAGUCGGGAGUACGCUGGUCCAAGGAACACUGCGUGCUGUGCUCAAGCGGGAACUGGUCGAGGAAGAUGUCGAUGUCGAUGAACUUGUCCGCCAAGUGAGGCAUUCCCUUGACAACAUCGCCACGCUUCCGCGAAGUCUUCGUGUGAUUGUGAGGCAUGCGUACGGGGAGGCGGUACAUGUUGUGUUUUGGUUUACUGUGGCCCUCGCAGGGGUAGCGGUGGUAGCGGCGAUUUUCAUUAAGGAAACGCCGUUGGCGCCAAAGGUGCAGAGCGAUGAAAGGGAAGAGUGAUUAUAUGAAUUAAAUGAAUUCAUGAAUAGAUUAUAUAGUAUUUGUUGUAAGUCAUGAUCCUAUCAGUUUGCUCGUUGAAGUUAAGCGCUAAGUUCAAACCUCAGCGUC